UUAUUCCACUCUUCCCAGAGCCCACAGACACAACAAUGCGGGGCCACACUGGGCGUUUGCUGCAGUCCCUCUGCUUCACCAGUAUGUCCUUUCUGCUACUCCACAUCAUCUAUCAGAUUACAAUCACCAGCCUCCUGGCAAGGGACUCCAUCAACUCCGACUUCAACUGUUCCUCGUGGGAGAAGUCCAUCCGACAAAUUGGCUUUGAGAGUGUGAUUGGUGCAGACGCGGGGAACGGCAUCCGAGUGUUCAUCCCUGACAUCGGCAUGUUCGUGGCCGGCUUGGCCAUCUGGCUGCUGUGUCGUAGUCUGGUCCAGAAGAGGCCGCCUGAGGACAUGGCCCAGUACAACACUGACUUUGACGCAGAGGAACAAGAGGAAGAGGAGAAGCUAAGCCUGGAAAAUAACAUCCUGCUCGAGGAGGAUCUUGAUGCAGGGAGGAGAGAGGAGGAGGAGGCAAAGGAGAGCACCAAGAUGAAGGUCCUGCGGCACGUGGCGCAGGUGGCAUCCAAAAUGAAGGAGGUUAUCGGGAACUUGAUCUCCACCGCUGGGCAGGUGGUGGUCACCAUCUUGCUGGGCAUGACAGGAAUCAUGCUGCCCUCGUUGACCUCAGCUGUUUACUUCUUCAUCUUUCUGUUCCUUUGCACCUGGUGGUCCCUCCGCCGGACCUUCGACACACUCAUCUUCAGCUGCAUGUGCGUGCUGAUGGCCAUCUUUAGCGCUGGACACCUCAUUGUCCUCUACCUCUACCAGUUUCAGUUCUUCCAAGAAUCCAUUUCACCCGACGACAGCUACAUCAGUGUAUUUGGCAUCUCUCCCAUUGUUCAGAGCAACUGUUCCUACACAUGGAAGCUCAUUGUGCACCCGCAGCGUAAGUGGUACCACUUUGUCAACCCCAUCAUGCUGCUGCUUCUCUACUACACCCUGGCCACGCUCAUCCGUCUCUGGCUGCAGGAACCCAUCGACCUGCUGACGGACGACAAGGACGAAGAUAUGUGCGAGGAGGAAGAUCUGGAUGGAAACAGAACAAAUAACUGCGCCAACAGGAAGAGGCAGCUGUGGUGGGAAUCACGGCAGGGCACGGAUGAGAAAAAUGCUGUGCCAACCUCAAACGGGACGUCGUUUGAUUUCGUCACCACUGAGAAUGGACCCGUCUGUUUGGAUUUGUACUCGACCCCGCAGUAUAAAAUGGACCAGACAGGCGACGGUACAGAGAAGAAGGACGAGUGUGUGUAUGAAGUGUGUUUGCCUCUGGAGGAUUCGGCGUUGGAGGGAGGAGAGGAGAAGUCUGAGGACACAGAGGAUGGAAUAAAGAAAAGAGGAGUCGGUGCGAUGGUCAAAAUCUUCCACUUCAUCAUGAAACAGAGCUACAUCUGUGCUCUUAUAGCAAUGAUGGCGUGGAGCAUCACGUACGUCAGCUGGCUGACGUUCGUCUUCCUCAUCUGGUCUUGCAUGCUGUGGAUGGUGCGAGACAGGAGGCGAUACGCCAUGCUGUCUUCUCCCUUCAUGGUGGCCUACGGCAACCUGCUGAUAGUUCUGCAGUACAUUUGGACUUUCGAGAACAUGAAAAGUGUCUCGGGGCUCUUUGUCAAGAAGAACAACCCUUUCCACUCGCUUUCAUCCAAGGUUCUGUGUCUGCUGAGCUUCUGGCUGCUGCUGAGACAAACGCUCACAGAGAGACAAGAAAAACAAAAAGAAGACAGUGCUGGUCUCUCAGACGUUUAUGUUGUGGACCAGGAGAAGAAGGAGGAGGAGGACUCUGAAGAGGGAGGGGAGCAGGACACCAUGCACGUUCUGGGCAGCAUGGUCAUGGCUCUGCUAGUCAAAUACUGGAUCUACAUCUGUGGUGGCAUGUUCUUCUUAGUCAGCUUCGAGGGAACCAUCGUCAUGUACAAGAUCAUCUACAUGAUGAUGUUCCUCUCCUGUGUGACGCUCUAUCAGGUGCACUUUGAGUGGUGGCGAAGGAUCCUGAAGUACUUCUGGAUGUCGGUGGUGAUGUACACCAUGCUGGUCCUCACUCUGGUCUACACCUACCAGUUUGAAACCUCGCCAGACUUCUGGUCCAACAUGACUAACAUGGACACAAAGAGUUUGGAGGAUUUGGGCCUGAAAACGUUUUCUGUAUCGGAGCUGUUCACCAGGAUUUUUAUUCCCACGUCCUUCCUGCUCGUGUGUAUUCUCCACCUGCACUACUUUCAUGACCGCUUCCUGCAGCUCACAGACCUCCAGGCUGUCGUGGCAAAAGAGGAGAGCACAAUCUACAGGCUGGCGCACCCCGAUGGCAGCCUGGCGGACCUCACCAUGCUCAGCGUCAGCUCUGUGGAGGCCACGCUGCCCAGAGAGGAGCUGGAGCAGCAAGAGAAGCACGAGGAGCUGCGAGAGAAGGAAGAGCGAGGAGAGUGGGGGACAGAGCAGGAGAAGGAUCAGGCCCUGGUCGUGGUGUUGUGUGACACAAAAACGAGCGACGAGAAGCCCAGAACGUUCUCUGACGGGCGACAGCCAAGCACAGAUGAGAGCCACCAAUGCAGCGCGGGGGGCGAGCCGGAGCCGAGCACAGAGCAGAGCUCAGAUCUGAAGAAUAAAUGGCACCUGGUAGUCGACCGCCUGACUGUGCUCUUCCUCAAGUUUUUGGAGUACUUCCAUAAGCUCCAACUGUUCAUCUGGUGGCUGCUGGAGAUCCACAUCAUCAAGAUCGUGUCCUGCUACAUUGUCAUGGUUUCUGUCGAAGAGGUGUCUUUGUUAAACUACGUGUUCCUGGUGUCCUGGGCAUUUGCACUACCCUACAGCCAGUAUCGGCCCCUUGCCUCCAGCGUUUGCACUGUCUGGACGUGCGUCAUCAUCGUAUGCAAAAUGUUGUACCAGCUGAAGUCUAUAAAACCUCCAACUUAUUCCCAGAACUGCACUGCUAGCAUGGUGAAUAUAAUCAGAAAAUGCAUUUCGGACCUCAAGAACUCUCUGCUGUAUAAAGAAUUAGUGGAACCAGCACACUGGGUGGGCCUGGAGAAGCAAGAUGACCUGCUGGGCUACCUCAGGAACAACCUCUUGAUGCUAGCUCUGUUAGCAUUCGAGGUGACGAUCUACCGCCAUCAGGAAUAUUUCAGACUGAGAAACAAACUGUCACCUCCUGCUGCGAGAAUUAUCUUCCAUGACAUCACACGGCAGCACCUGGACCUCGGCAUCAUCAGCUUCAUCAAAUACUUCAUCAACUACUUCUUCUACAAGUUUGGACUUGAGACGUGCCUGCUGUUGGUGGUCAACGUAAUCGGCCAGCGUAUGGACUUCUACGGCAUGCUUCAUGCCUUUGCUUUGAUAGCAGUCAUGCAUAAACGCAGAAGGAAAGCCAUCGCUGAGAUCUGGCCCAAAUACUGCUGCUUCCUGGCCUGCAUGAUGACUGUCCAGUACUUUGUCUGCAUCGGGAUCCCACCAGCAGCCUGUAAAGAUUACCCAUGGAGGUUUCCCAACUCAUCUACAGACUCCAACGUGGUCAAGUGGCUCUACGUUCCAGAUUUCCUCACCAGACCCAAACCAACGUUCCUCAUCUAUGACUUCAUGUUGCUGUUGUGUGCCUCCAUGCAGAGGCAGGUCUUUGACGAUGAAAACAAAGCUGCAGUCCGUAUCAUGGCUGGGGACAACGUGGAGAUCUGCAGAGAUUUGGACGCAGCCUCUUUUAGCGUCCACAACCCCGUUCCCGACUUCAUCCACUGCAGGUCCUACCUGGACAUGCUGAAGGUCAUCAUGUUUAGCUACUUGUUCUGGUUUGUCCUCACCAUCAUCUUCAUCACCGCAACGCGCAUCAGCAUCUUCUGUAUGGGCUACCUGGUGGCCUGUUUUUACUUCCUUCUCUUUGGUGGCGACCUCCUGCUCAAACCAAUCAAAAAGAUCCUCCAUUACUGGGACUUCCUGAUCGCCUACAACGUCUUUGUAAUCACCAUGAAGAAUAUUUUAUCUAUCUUGGCCUGUGGAUACAUCAAUGUACUGAUCGUGAACAACUGCUGGUUGAUCCAGUUACUCAGCCUUGCCUGCACCAUCAAGGACUACAAAAUCAACAUCAAAGAAGCUGAAGACCAGUGUGAUCUGCCCAGGAAUGAAGCCGGCAUCAUCUGGGACAGUAUCUGCUUCGCAUUCCUGCUGCUGCAGAGACGAGUCUUCAUGAGCUACUACUUCCUCCACGUGGUGGCUGAUAUCAGAGCCUCACAGAUUCUUGCUUCAAGAGGGGCGGAGCUCUUCCAGGCCACCAUAGUGAAGGCAGUGAGAGCCAGACUGGAGGAGGAGCGCAAAUCUGUGGAGCAGCUGAAGAGACAGAUGGAGCGCAUUAAGGUGAGGCAGCAAAAGUUUAAGAGGGGCAAGGAGAAGAUGCUGAGCAUAGCACAGGAGUCUGGAGAAGGACAGACCCUCGUCCAGCCUGAGGAGGAUGAUGAUGACGGAGCACAGCGAACGAAAGCCAAGACCAAAAAAAAGCAGUGGUGGAGGCCGUGGGUUGACCAUGCUUCCAUGGUUAGAAGUGGAGACUAUUACUUAUUUGAAACUGACAGUGAGGAGGAAGAGGAGGAAGAGGAGAAAAAAGAGGACGAGCCCCCAAAGAAGUCAGCGUUUCAGUUUCUUUACCACGCUUGGAUCACAGACCCUAAAGCUGCACUAAGAGCACGAGGCAAAGAGAAACGCAAGUUCUGGAAAAAAUACACAAAAGGAGUCAGACGCAGAAAAAGCAAGAAAGAAGCAGGUCAUGUAACCGUAGACCUUGGAGAGCUCUCAGAUGGGGGAGAAAAAGAAGAGGAAAACAAGAAGACUGGUGGUCCAGACAACAUCAUCAAGCGAGUGUUCAACAUCAUCAAGUUCACCUGGGUGCUCUUCCAAACGGCAGUGGAAAGCUUCACUAGGUGGAUGAAUGACAUGUGCAGGGAGUACAUCGACAUCUCCACUGUGCUGCGUAUAGAGCGCUGCAUGCUGACUAGGGAGGUCAAAAAGGGUAACGUGCCGUCCAGAGAGAGCAUCCAUGUCUACUACCAGAAAGCCAUGAGGCUCAACAUGUCCAGGCAGGCCAGCAUGGACAUACUCAGUGAGGAUGAGUCAGUCUCUGGAUCCACCAGGGUCAAAAGAAGGCGAGGAAACUACCGCAUGGAGAGCCAGGACUCCACGGCCUCCAGAGACAGCAUAUCCAGUGCCUUGACUGAGGCAACCACUUUGUUUUCUCGCCAAUCCACGCUGGAAGACCUGGAUGGGAUGCCAGAGUGCAUUCCUAAAACCAGCGAGCGGGCCAGGCCCAAACUGCGUAAGAUGUACGGCCUGGACGUGUCCAAUUCAUCCGUGGACAGCUGCAGCAGCUUCGUGUCCAGUGAGGCGACCCAGUCCGUCAUGAUCUACUCCAGACAGGGCACCACAGACACCAUAGAAGAAGUGGAGGAUGAGCAGGAUCAAGGGGAGGACAGGCAGCAGGUUCCCUGGGAAUCCCAACAGCUAGACGAGAGCGAGGGGGCCGAGGGAGGUCCCUGGAGUGAUGGAGAACCCAGAGAGAGAGAAGAAGAAGAAGAGGAGGAGGGAAUUGAGCGAUGCGAGGGUGAGGCGGAUGAGGGCCAGGAGGGACCAGAGGGUGAGGGCCAGGAGGGACCAGAGGGUGAGGGCCAGGAGGGACCAGAGGGUGAGGAGGGACUAGAGGUACCAAGUGACCAGGGGAGCAAAGAGAGAGAAGAGGCUUUCUGGGAGUCCUUUGGCCCAGAUGAGGGCCCCUCCCUCAGGCAGGAGGAGGUAGACUCUGCCCCUUCUGGCCACGAGAAAGACUUCAUCACUGAGAGUGAGGAUGGGGGAGGACAGCAGGACUUCAUGCACACAGAGGGGCGGGGCGGACUUCUCUACACACCUGACACAGAUGCUUCCAAAAUAUCUGACGCUGACGUUCCUCCCAGCUACAGCAAGGCGGUCAGCUUUGACCGGCUGGAAGUCAGCGAUGACGAGAGUGACAUGGACAGGAGGAGGCGUAUGGUGAUGACGUCUGACAGCCGCUCAGACAGCAGGUCAGACAUCAUGCUGCCCUCCAUGACAACUGAGCUGACCGCCAGUGAACUUCUGCUCAACAAGAUGUUUUAUGACGAGGAGCUGGACAGCUCAGAUAGAUUCUACCAGAAGCAGCCUCUGAUCCUCCAGCUCGGCUACGCCCUCUACAACAUGUUGGUGGCUCACUCAGAGAUGGUGUGCUACCUGGUCAUCAUCAUCAACCACAUGGUGUCGGCCUCCUGCGCCACCCUGGUCCUUCCCAUCACCAUCUUCCUGUGGGCCAUGUUGUCAGUGCCUCGACCGAGCAAGCGCUACUGGAUGACUGCCAUCAUCUACACUGAGGUAACAAUCUUCAUCAAGUACUUCUGCCAGUUUGGCUUCUUCCCCUUUAACCAAAACAAGGUCGACAAAAAUAAACCAUAUCACCCUCCAAACAUCAUCGGUGUGGAGAAGAAAGACGGUUACGUCCACUUUGACCUGGUCCAGUUACUGGCUCUUUUCUUCCACAGAUCCAUUCUGAAGUGCCAUGGUCUGUGGGACGAGGACGACCCGAAACUGAAGAGAGAGCAGUCUCGACAGAGUGAGUCAGAGGACGAGGGAAAAGACAAGGGGGAGAGUGAUAAGGGGUCCGAACCGGCAUCCUCGCUGUUCAAUGAAAGUAGAAGCUCCACUCACACUUUGAGAUCCAUGAACUUCGGGACGUCCAUCGAUUCAGGACAGAUCCAGAUGCAUUACCCGCAGCAGCAGACCUACCAGCGUCGCAAGAGCUCCAGCGGAGGCUCACACAUUUCAGUACGAUCGCUCCACUCCUCGGCAAGGUCCAAAAGAGGGAGUACGGCUUCCCACAACAGCAGCCGCAAGGAGGGCAGCGUGGCCAGUGUGCACCUGAAGACACGCAAGCAGAUGAUCAUGGAGAAGCUGAGGGAGCAGCUCUUCAAAGGAAAAGCGUUUGUCUUAAAGAGGUUCUUGGAGCUCUAUCUCCCCAUGAGGCAGUUCUUCUAUAACUUGAUCCAUCCAGAGUACAGCGCAGUCACAGACGUCUAUGUGCUGAUGUUCCUCGCUGACACAGUCGACUUCAUCAUCAUCGUGUUUGGAUUCUGGGCGUUUGGUAAACACUCGGCUGCAGACAUCACGUCUUCUCUGUCGGAGGAUCAGGUCCCGGGACCUUUCCUGGUCAUGGUUCUGAUCCAGUUCGGCACCAUGGUGGUGGACCGGGCCCUCUACCUCAGAAAGUCUGUCAUGGGCAAGGUCAUCUUCCAGGUCUUCCUGCUCUUUGGCAUCCACUUCUGGAUGUUCUUCAUCCUGCCAGGAGUCACAGAGAAGCGUUUCAGCGAGAACAGAGUGGCUCAGAUGUGGUAUUUUGUCAAGUGCAUCUACUUCGCCCUGUCGGCCUAUCAGAUCCGCUGUGGUUAUCCCACUCGAGUUUUGGGAAACUUCCUCACAAAGAGCUACAAUUAUAUGAACCUCUUCCUCUUUCAAGGUUUUCGCCUGGUGCCGUUCCUGACGGAGCUGCGAGCAGUGAUGGACUGGGUUUGGACGGAUACCUCGUUGUCUCUGUCCAGCUGGAUCUGUGUGGAGGACAUCUACGCUCACAUCUUUAUCCUGAAAUGCUGGAGAGAGUCUGAGAAGAGGUACCCCCAGCCGCGAGGUCAGAAGAAGAAGAAGGUGGUGAAGUAUGGGAUGGGAGGGAUGAUUGUGGCGCUGCUGAUCUGUAUCGUCUGGUUCCCGCUUCUCUUCAUGUCCCUCGUUAAGUCAGUAGCCGGAGUCGUCAACCCACCAAUGGAUGUCUCUUUUGAAAUCACCCUGGCUGGCUUUCAGCCCAUCUUCACCAUGAGCGCUCAACAAAAACAACUGCACAGUGUGACUCCACAGCAAUUUCGUGAUUUUGUGGACAAAUACAAAAAACAUGCUGCAACUUUGGAGUGGCUGGAGGGUUACGUGUCAGAUGACCUGAUCAUCGCAGAGCUCAAAGGCAGCUCCAACUCUCUGUGGACCAUCAGUCCACCCAGCAGAUACAGCCUGAUAGAAAUGUUGAAUAUAUCGGAGGCUUUCUCCAUCACCGUGUCCUGGUCUGUGCAGAGAAACCUCACGUUUGGUGCCAAGGCUGAAACAGCGUCUGGGAAACGAGUGACUUUCCUGGACAACUCAACAAGGGAAAAUCUGAUAAGUCUCCUCAUUGGGAAAGCAGUCAAUGGUUCUAUGAUUAUAGAGGAUAUCUUCCCUCGUUAUAUUCGAGCCCCCAGUGACUCAGAGGCCAAGCCUGUUGAUCUGCUUAAUAAAGCUGCCGAUGGAGGUAAGAUCUUUAACAUCAACUUGACCCUGAUGCAAACUAAGAAUAUCAAAGGUGCGGUCCAGGAAUGGUGGAAGGUCAACCAGACAGAGGCGGGCCACAUAAACUAUUCUGAGGGCAAAAAGGAUGGAGAAGGUCUGGAUGUCUAUGUAUUCAGUGACCAAGUCAGCCCGCCCAGUUUGGGCUUCCUGGCUGGAUAUGGGAUCAUGGGUCUGUACGCCUCUGUGGUUCUGGUCAUCGGCAAGUUUGUGCGCGAGUUCUUCAGCGGCAUCUCCCACACCAUCAUGUUCGAGGAGCUGCCCAACGUGGACCGCAUCCUCAAGCUGUGCAUGGACAUCUUCCUGGUCCGAGAGACGGGGGAGCUGGACCUGGAGGAGGACAUGUACGCCAAACUCAUUUUCCUCUACCGCUCGCCAGAGACUAUGAUCAAGUGGACCCGGGAAAAAACUGAGUAAAACUCAGAGAGGGGAAAUAACCAGUGAAAAUGAGGCGGGAGGUUUUUUUCAUACAGGAGCUCUGCUGGUGUGAGCAGCAGCCGGUUCACCUGCUGAGGACGCACAAAGCAGCUGGGGACCAACUCUGUCCUCCUCCACUGAGCUCUGGUGGCAGUGAGACAUCUUUGGCUCCACAUGAAUACACUUUUUCGAGUUUUAAACUGAUAUUUUCUACUAUUUACUGAUGUAAACAACCACAAAUGCAGUCAUAUUAUUGUCAGUUGAGGACGAAUUUGCCAGUGCUGUGUUCAUCUUGCAAAACCUGGCACAGUUUGGCAUCCACCGAUGAAAAGACGCAGCUGGUGUUCAGAAGCAGACAUAUAAACUUUUUAGAAGAUUUUCACAAAACAUAAGAAGUCUUCUCCCUCAUAUAGGGACAGGUUUUUACACACAAAUGUCCUCAUUGCUCUAUUCAAUCAUUUCUACAACGGCACGGCAGGCGAGGAGAAGCUCAAACUGGCUGCAACAUUAAUCUUUAAGGGCUUCCCAUCUACAAAUGAGCGCACGAUAAUGACCACAUGAGCACAAUCUCCUAAAUCCCUCCAACUGGAACGUUUAGACUUUGGGGCUGUGCAAUAACAAGCUUUCGCUCCUCCCAAGUUUUUUUUUUUUUUUUUUGAAGGACAUGAACCGAGGUAAAAGUUUGGUUCCGACCAAGAAAGACAAAAAAAAAACCUUUUUUUAAACAUCACAGGCCACUCAACGCAGAACACAUUCUCGGACAGUCUUUUCUUGCCUUAUUUUGUUUGUAUGAGACAAACUGAAACUCUUAUCAACUACAUAUCUUUCUCAGGAAGAGCUGUUUUCACAGAUAUUCAUUGUAUUAGUUAUAUGUUACAACAUGUAGGCUUUGAUGGAUCUUAAAAAGAUAUUAGAAAAGAUGACAACUAUUUAAAUGGCAUGAAAUUUAAUGUGGAUAUUGUUCAGAUGGACUGAUAUUGAGUAUGUUUACUGCACAGGCUGUAGAAAGAAAGAUAAUGUAUGGGGGAUAGACUGUUUUCCCUCAUAGAGAUUGAGAUUAAAUUGCCAAUUGUCUGUGUUUUAAAUCAUCUGCCGGUUGGCUGAGUUGAGACCAGCGGAGGGCUGAAACAGGGUACAAGGUGGAAGACUCUUGCACAUCACUUGUAAACCUCUCGCUGUUUUUAACAUUCUCAUAAACACUGUGGCACUACCAACUUUACAUUCAGUCAUCAAGGGAGAAACAAGCAGACACACACAAAGAAGAUUCUUCAAAUGAAGGGCUGAACCAGGAAGCCCUUCGGUCCAAACUAUGCAUUAGAGGACAUUGUAGCAUGAUAGAAAACUUCAUUAUUGUCAUGAUUUUCAUUACAUGUACAUACAAAGAUUAAGGGGAACAGGUCAGGGUGGAAUGAAAUGUGAAAUUGUACCUGUAUGUCAAGGCAAUCUGAUAUGAUAGAGGUCCAGAGAUCUGCAAAUAAAACUUCUGGAAAGGUG